AUGUCUAGGAUAAAUAACAACAAUGACAAAUCAUCUAUACUAUCAAAUAUCACUACCACCGACACUACUACUGGCACCGGCACCACUAAUACAACAACUGUUCCCUCAAUUAAAACAAAGAGAGGGUUAUCAUAUAUAUUAGGAGAUUCCAAUUCAAAUGAAAAUCAUAUUCUACCCAUCAAUUCUAUUCAGUAUUCCUCAUCAAACCGUCAAUUAUACACUGCCGGUAGGGAUGGGAAUGUUAAAGUCUGGCAACCACAUAGUAUUCAACCAUAUUCCAAUCAGCAUAGCGGAAACAAUAGCCAGGAUGAUUUGUUUUCCGAUUGUUUAGAUCUUGAUGAAAAAUUGUUACGUUUAGAAACUUCAAUAUCAUCUAAUCCCUUAUCAUACAAUUACAAUGGCAAUACCAGUUCUAAUUUCAAUAUUGUUGAAAAUUAUAAUUUGCAUUUCGAUUGGAUUAAUGAUAUGCAAUUGAUAAAUAAUGAUCAAAACUUGAUUACUUGUUCUUCAGAUUUAUCGAUAAAGAUAAUUGAUUUGCCCACACAGCAUGUGAAUGAACUUACCAACAACAAUAAAAGUCACAACAAGGGAACUAAUAUUCAUAAAUUACCCAAUAUCCAUACAGAUUAUAUUAAAAAAUUAUCCCCUUUUGUCACCAAACCAACCAUUGUCAGUGGUGGACUCGAUGGCAAAAUCAUUGUUUGGGAUUUAAACGAAUUGAAACCAAUUCAAUUGAUUGAGAAUAAAGCAAAUGGAGUACUAUCACCGUCAAUUUACUCAUUAUCAAAUAACCACAGCAAUAUUAUCAGUACCGGGGGUCCCAAUAACACAAUCAAUAUAUUUGAUCAACGUGCCAAUAAUCCUUUUAUUCGUAAUUUGAUUGGUCAUCAAGAUAAUAUUCGAUGUUUACUUAUGAAUGACCAAUUUAUAUUGAGUGGGUCAUCUGACACGACAAUCAAGUUAUGGGAUUUAAGAACAUUUAAAGUUUACAAGAAUUUCGAUAUUCAUGAUGAUUCAGUAUGGUCAUUAUAUUCCCAGUCAACUAGUCAUGAUUCAUUUAAAACUUUUUAUUCUGGUGAUAAGAGUGGUAAUAUUAUUAAAACUGAUUUAUCAAGAGUUUCAAUUUUCAAUACUAGAACCUCUAACGAUGAUGAAUUUGGGUUUAGUAAUUAUGAAAACAACUAUAUUGAUGAGAAAUUGGGUAUAUCGACUUUGAUUGCUAAAAGUACAUCACCCAUAUUGUCAAUCUGUCAUGAACCAGAACAGGAUACCAUAUUUACAACAAAUAUGGAAUCUAUGACUAGAUAUAUUAAUCCUGAUACUUGUCAAUUAUCUCAAUAUCAAUAUCUCCGACAAUGUUUGGAUUAUUCAUAUAAUACCAACAAUGGCAUUGGCGUUGGUAAUGAUAACAAUGAUGAAUUGUUACUUCAUGACGGUCAAUCCAAUCCUCCUACUGAAGAUUUGAAUUCAGAUUUUUAUGAUUUGAUCAGUCAUUUAUCAAUGGAUACUCAUCCUAACAAUAAUAUUGAUUUACAAAGUACACUUUCUCAUGGCAACAACAAACAACAACACCAUAAUCUUUUCUCAGAUAAUACAAGACCAAUAUCAUUAGAUGCAAAAGCCAGUGACAUUUUUACUGGUGAUGGUUUUGGUGACGAGCAAGAUGAUGAGAAUAUCCUGUCUAGAGAAGAUUUUGAUUCUAUGUUUUUAAAUGUCAAUGGAGGUUUAUCGAGUGAAUUCAUAAAUGCAUUCAAAGAUGAAACUAAUCCAUUAAUGGUCAAAUUACAAACUAGCAAUAAUGAUGAUCAAAACAAUAAUCGCAAUAAAACUAUUGAUUUGACUCCAAUAGAAAUUUUAUUGAAUCCUAUACCAAUUGAACAAAUAACUUUGAUUCCAUUCAAUAUUUCACCAAUUGAAAAAUAUGAUUUAGUGCCGAAAAGUAUUGUUGCCAAAAAAAUGUUUAAUAAUCGACGUCAAAUCAUGGUGCUUUAUUUGAAUGGGAAUAUUAAAAUUUGGGAUUUAGUGAUAUUCAAAAUUGUAAAAAUUUUCCCAUAUCAGCAACAAAAGCAACAACAACAACAACAACAACAAGAACAGGAAAAAGAGAUACGGUCAUCACAAAAAUUGUUAUCUAGUAAAGAAUUAGAUAAUCGAAUCAAAGAAAUGGAAGAUUUAUUUGAGCAAUAUCAAACUUCGGAUACGUUAAACAAUUGGUGUGAAGUUGAAAUCAAAUCAGGGAAGUUAUUAGUCACCAUAAAAGAAUCUUCUUAUUUGAAUGUUGAAGUAUAUUAUGAUGAAUUAAUAUCUCUGUAUCCAUUUUUGGAUGUUAAUCAUAGUGAUAAUCUUUCAAGAUUUACUGGUAAAACCAAACCAAAUGUUAGCAAUGACGAUAGAUUUUAUCUUGGUAUUAUUAUGUUAAAUUCAAUUUUUAGAGGUUAUGCAUUAUACGAACAAGAAUUUGAUUUUAUAUUAAGAGAAGAAUUGAAAAAUCUUAAACAAAGCAAUAAUCCAAUCAUACCUUCAAAUGGUGGGAAUAGUAAAAUGUUGAAAUAUUUUGGGAAAAAAUCGUCAUCACUUAUAAAGAAUUCAACUUCAUCAAAUCAAUCAUCACCAGCAACAUCAACUAAUACUAGUAUUGUGGAUGUACCAAUUGAAAAAUCCACUAGCAAUAUAGGUGAUAAUUCUAAUAAUGGUACAUCAAGUUUAUAUACAAUAGUGAAUGAAUUUAUCAAUACUCCAGAAGAUGUUUAUGAAAAUUCAGUUAAUUUUGAUUAUGGUGAUACUAUAAUGAAAUUAUUACAAAUCAAUAAAAAAAUAUAUUGGGAUAAAUAUAAUGUACCAGUAAAUAUGACAAAAGGGAAAGUAUUAGAAUCGAUUUUAGGAGUUGAUGAAAUAACUACAUCAAUAUCAAAAACCAAUAAAGAAACCAAUAAUGGAAUUGCAGAUUUAAGAUAUUAUCCAAUAAUUCGUGGUGAUAUUCAUUUCCCUAAAGAUUUAUUGAUUACUAUAUUUGAAUAUUCAUCAGAUUUAGGAAAUUAUCGUGAUUUAUUUUCAUUUGAAUAUCAAGAUCUUCUAAAUUUAAGUCACCAUACUAAUAACAAUUUUAAUGAUUCUUCAACCAACAACACGAUAACAUUCAAUACGUCUUCUUCUUCUUCUUUUUCUUUUUCUUCUUCUUCUUUGUCAUACCAAUUGAUUCAAGAUUUACGAUUAAUGGUACCUAAAUGGAUUGGUCAACCAAUAUUAUUUAAUAAACAUCCAAUAAAGGAAUCCCCCAAAAUAACAUUUCAAUUAACCGAAGUUGAUUAUAAUCAAUUACCGUCAUAUUUAAAAAUUGGUGGGAAAUCAAAUAAAAAAAUUAAAAAAUUACCUGAAUUAGAAUCAUCAAUUAAAUUAACAUCUCAUAAUAUGUUAAGAGUACUGAAAAUUUUAAAUUAUUUAGUGGAAAAAUUUGCUAAUACUACUAAAGAAAUGAAAGAUAAAAAUUUAAUUCCCAGUGAUUGGUUAGUAUUACAAUGUAAAGGUCAAGAAUUAAAUAAUGAUUUAACUUUACAAACUAUAAAAACCAAGAUUUGGAAAAGUAGUAGUGAUAUUGAAUUACAAUUUAGACGUAAAUAUGAUAAAUAA